GUGGACACCAGCAGCAGGUGACGAGAGGAGUGCAGCAGCAGAGCAGCCACCACAACCACGCACGUACAGGGCACACCCGGUACCAGCAUAAGCAGCAGCUGGUGCCCAACGAACGCCCACGCCCUCCCGCUGCUCCCCCUCACGAGCAGCAGCAGCAAUGCAGCUGCUGUAGAGAGAAAGGUCAUGUACAUCAGUAUUGCAACUUCAAACUCACCCGCGGACCGUUUCAGCAGCGGAGGAACGGCGGUUUGGCGGCGGGUCUGUGUUCCAGCUGCAGCAGCAACAGCAGCAGCCAGGCGUGGUGUAUGGCAACGCUGGUGGGCUUCAGCAGCACCCGCGGCACCAGGAGCUAUCGGCCGGCUCCACGGGCGGUGUGGUUGGGCAGCACACCAUGUUGAUAAGCUUCGUCCUGCUGCCCCAUCUUCAACUGUUGGGAUUCGUGGAACGGCAUCCGCAUCGGCGGUCGCGGCGGCGGCUUCGGCCAGAGCUGCGGCAGUAGGAGCAACGCCGCCGGGAGCGACAGAGGCAGCGGCUGCGACGGAUGCGGCGGCGGUAGAAUGUGAAGAACCGUGGGAGGAAGCGGCAAGAGCGACGGAAGCAGUGUUGGUCCUGGAGCAGCCUGUCGUGAGCAGCAAGAGAGUCGACAGCAACGGCGUGAAGAGCCUCUUCCGAUGCUUGGCGGGGGGGGCAGCCAGGGUGCAUUCGCCCGCUGCGGCGGUGACGGUGGCCAGACCUGCAGCAGCGGUGGAGAUGACGGUAUCUACGGUUUCGAGAGGGAUGCGAGCAGCGGUGGCCGCAGCAACAGCAGCGGCCACGGCGGCGAUGGCGCAGCCUGGGAUGGAGCGUCAACGCAUCCCUUUGACAGAGGGAAGCUGUCCCGGUGGAGGAGAGCGACCAGGGGUGCCGUGCUGGGAGUGGACCUCCCAUCCGAUCGAGGUAGAGAUGCAUGGGCACAUGUUGGGGGGUGAUGCUUCGCACCAAGCGGCACCACCGGGAGCGGCGGCGGCGGCGCAGACGGCUUCGGCCAAAGCGCCGUCCCCGACAGCAGCGUCAUCAGGAGCGGCGACGGCAGUGGUGACUUGGACCAGAGCUCCGUCGGCGGCAGCGGGAGUGGCGGUUACGGACAGAGCUCCGGGGGCAGCGGCGACGGCAGGACGCGCCGCGACGUGA